UUCUUUGGACGAAUUUAUUGCAUCGUUUCAUUCAUCAUUAUCGUUUUAUUCAUACUUGAAUCAUCGCUCCUGCCGUGUUUUAGGGAAGUUUUUUUAUUACGAACUUGCUAAAGUAGGCCGGAAAACUUCCCGUGUUAGGUAGGAAAAUUACAAUAUUAUUGAUUCUGACAAUGCCAUUCGUUUGAAAAUGGUCACAGGCAAGGGUAUAUUUUUCCAUGGGAUACCCUUGUACCUCGUAGGAUACCCAUGAGAAUGGCGUAAAAACAACUUAUCUAUGACAUUGUAGAUCGUUGUAGUUCAAAGAAUUUGCACUUUUGUACUGUGUAAUUUAUGGAACCACCUUUACCAAGGUGUUCACAAAUUGCUUGCUAAUAACUUCCGGAAAGUAGUUAUCGGGAUCCUACAUCUAUAGCAGGGCAGAAUAUUUGCAUACAUGCGUGUGAAAUUGCAUAUGCCCUUUGACUAAGGCAGUUUUCGACAUGCAAUCCUACGGAAUUAUGAAACUUUGAUUUUUAAACCUCUACUCCAAAUAUGUAAAACUGCAAGGAAGGUCUCAAAGUAUUUAAUUUUCAAUCAUCAAUGGUAAGCAGUCGUGAUUUUAUAUAUUUUUUAUAGUUCAACAAGUGCCAAUGUCAUGUUAACUUUUGAUUGUUGUUAUAUUUUGAAUGGGGUAUAAAAAUGUCUACCAAAUUAUCGUUCGCCUUGGUCGCUAUCCUUAUUGCUCUAAUAAUUCCUAAAUUGAAAUUUUAACCAAAAAUGAAAAUGUUAACGUAUGUAUAUACGCAUACACAGAGACUCUUUGACCGAGUUUUCAAUAUUUGAGGUAGGAGGCUAAAAUACUGGAUACCGAUUUGGUAAGUCAGUGUGAAAUAUUUUGAGUUAAACUUGCCAUAAUUAACUUUUUAAAUAAAGAUUAACUAACAUUUCAUUGUUAUUGCCAAAUUAUUGGACUCAAUACUUAAAAACUAGCAACAAUAACAUAUCAAAAUCUGUAUGAAAAACGAUAAAUUAAUUCAUGACACUAAUUCCAAAGUUCUAAAAUUGCACAUGCAACUAAUAAUACAGCAUGCAGCAAUAAAAUCCAGGUGCAACAUUUCCAAGUCAUCUUUGUUCCUAAUUUUUGGACAGUUCUGAUUGAAAUAAUAGGUACGGUCAGGUUAUAAUUUGAAACUAAUUUAGCUGAGCUAGAAAUAUGACAUUCUAUUUAUAAUCGAAUUGCUUUACUUGAUUCUACGAAAUUUCUUACUAUUUUUAGUUUUUUAGCUUCGCAAACUUGAGAUCCUCGACUUGAGAGACGGAGUGGAGUGGAAAAUGUCAUUGAGAAAUGGCGAGGGAACCCAGCCAAACUACUUACUACACAUUUCUACCUGACUCUGACUCUGACUUUAAUUAAUUUUUCACAAUUUCUAAUCCUAGUGCACAUAUUAAAUUGCAAGGAGCUAUUUUAUACAAAUAGUUAAGAUGGCAGGAUCCCCUGGAAAGACCCCAGUCUCGCUAUUGCAGGAAAUUUGCACUCGGAAAAACUGCAAUCCGAAAUACGAGCUGCUGCAGGUUGAAGGGGCUGUUCACGAACCCGUAUUUCAAUACAGACUCUUUCUAAACUUCAAUGGUGCGGAUCUUGACACGACAGGUAAUGGUCGAUCGAAGAAGGAAGCAAAGCACAAUACUGCGCUUGCCAUGCUCUCUAUGAUGGGUGUAGUCUCUCAGGGAGCUUCUUCCAUGGAUCGUCAGGAGCAAGACGCUGUCGUUCCGGAUGGGAGUUCUACUAUCGAUGAUUCAGAUCUGGGAGGUUCAAACCCUGUUGGUUUGUUGCAGGAGCUAUGCAUGAAGGUUAAGCAUCCUCCGCCAACGUACGAGGUUCACUCUGAAGAAGGUCUUCCGCACGAGAGGAUUUUCGCAAUGGCGUGUCGCGUUGGUGAACAUUACGUCGAGAUUGGUCGUGGCAAAUCUAAGAAGUUAGCAAAGCGCCAGGCGGCCGCUUUAAUGGCUGAGCGUCUAAAAAAUAUUCCGUCAGAAACAACACAUGUGUACGACUUUGAUGAGGACGAUGACAAGAUCUGUGAGAGAAUCGCAAUGUUUCUUCAAAAGAAACCAAAAUCGGAUGCGGACGGAAGUCUACUUGCGAAAUGUAGGAAUAUCGCAAAACACAAAUUUGGCAACAUACAGAAAGAGGAAUCUGCCAUAGAAGACCCAAUCAAACUUCUAGACGGCAUGGAGGAUUCGUUCUUUAAAGCAAUUUAUAUUGAUUUCGACGAGCUUUCUACACGUGGCGAAUACCAGUGUUUCGUACACAUGACCACCGACCCCCCCAUUGUCGCCAUUGGAGAAGGUGCCUCUAGAGGCAUGGCCAAGAUCAAUGCAGCAAGGGACGCAGUUAACAUAUUUACGGAUUUGCUACUGGAGUCAAGCUAGCUUUCCAUAACAUAUACAUAUAAAUAUAUUUAACUUUAUAUCCUAAGAAUUUUUUUAUCAAACCCAGCAAAGUACGCUCAAGUUCCUAUUGUAAGUCUAUAUAUAUUGUAGCUAUAUUGCAAGUCUUGUUCAAAUAGCGAGCAAAUAAAAAAUACCCAAAGUUACAAAUUUCCGUACAUA